UAAAAUUCUCUCAAUUUUUUUUCUCUUUCUUUUCCCCUUGGCCAAAUCCUGCAUAUACACAACGUCGCCGCACAGCCACACAGCUUGUAAACUAGCUUCCUCGCUCGCAAUCAAACUCGUUUUCUCGCCAUGGACAGCCCCUACCGCAGGGAGCUCCAAGUCGCCCUCGCGGCCGUCGAGCGCGCCGCGACCGUCAGCCAAGCGGUUCUUCUUUCUUCGGCAGGCAGGGACACCGCGGCCGUGGAGAAAGACGACCUCAGCCCCGUGACGGCGGCCGACCUGGCCGUGCAGGCCCUCCUCGCGGCGUCGGUCGGCCAGGCCUUUCCCGGCGACGUCCUCGUCGGCGAGGAGUCGGCCGCCCAGCUGAGAUCCCACCCGCGCCUGCUGGAGAGGGUGUGGGAGCUGCUGCUGCCGCUGCGGCGGGACGCCGAGGCGGGGACCGAGUUCGGCCUUCCCCGCGACAGGGACCACCUCUGCGAGCUGCUCGAUCGGUGCGGCGAGGGCGUGCCGGGGCCGAACGGGCGCACGUGGGUGUUUGAUCCUGUCGAUGGGACCAAGGCGUUUGUGCGGGGCGAGAUGUACGCCAUCAACGUGGCGCUGCUGAGCGGGGGCAGGCAGGUCGUCGGGGUUGCGGCGUGUCCGCUCCUGUCGGCGCGGACCGGGGCCGGGGACGGCGGCUCUGCUGUUUGCAACGUGUCGGUCGACCCCGAGGGAAGGGGGGCUGUGCUGUUUGCUGCGCGGGGCUACGGCGCGUACGUGCGCCCGCUCUUUGGGGCCGGGGCCCGUGACGCCGUGCCGCGGCGCCUCGGCGGUGGCGACGGAUCUGCGAGGCGCCUGAGGCGGGCGGUGACGUGCGUGGAUGGGCUGGUGUCCGGGGUGGAUGACGGCGUGCACGCGGCGGUGGCGGCGCGCCUGGGAAGGGAGUACCCCGGGUGCGACCUCCUCGGGUGGGUGCCGAGGUGGGCGGCGCUGGCGCUUGGGGCGGCCGACGCGACGGUGUGGGUUUACGGUACGAGGGAUUAUCAUGCCAAGGUGUGGGAUCAUGCCGGGGCGAUGUUGUUGUUUGAGGAGGCGGGCGGGUUGAUUACUGAUGUGGAUGGGAGGCCGAUCGAUCUCGCUGCUGGGAGGAAGUUAAAGGGGAACUUUGGGUUCGUCGCUGCGCUGAAGGCAGAGCAUGCUGAGGUGCUGGUGGUGGUGCAGGAGACGCUUAGGGAACGGGGGUUGAGGCAUUUGUUGCUGGAGGGUUAGGGGUUGCCGUGGAUGUGAUGAGC